UAUGUAGAAUAGUGAAGUUCUAGGUAUAAUAGAAUAAUAGAAAAGUGUUUUCUCAAAAGUAGAAAAUUCAGCUUGGCUGGCUGAGCGGCAUUUUUAACACAGUGGCAGUCAGUGGAACUUGAAUCAAUCAGCUAUCGUCGAUAUCAGCCGGACUUUUACGAACCGACAUAAACCGAAUUGACACGAACCGGAACAGCAACAUUUUGUUCUCGUAGUUCGUGUUUGUGAGUUUGUGGCGUUCCUGUUUUACAUGGAUUUGUGUAUGCUUUGUAAAAGUGAACAAAACAUUGUUUUAUAAUGUGUUUAAGUUAAUUAGUUAUCAUAUGAUUAAAAUAAAGUGAUUUUAUAUUAUUGCCGUAUCUUGUGGAUAUUUUAGACUACUAUGUCGUCAUCAUCUAAAUCUGAAAACGACCCAGAUGAAAGUUAUACACGCCCAAGAAGGGCUAAAACUAAAAUGAAAUGCGUUGUAGAAGACUGCCCUACGAUAGGAUGUCCACCAAAUAGUACUCAUUGUUUGACAAGAGAACGUUACAUUCCUUGGAUGAAAGCAAUAAAACAAUCACCAGAAAAUGUUAAAACACCAAAUUAUGACAGCUAUAUUUGCCAGAAACAUUUUGCUCUUUCUCAACGUGUUGGACCCAAUUUGAAACCAAAUGCAAUUCCUACAUUAAAUUUACCCACUUCCAGCAAUUCCAAAGUGUGCACCAAAGAAGAAAUAGAGCAAGAAUUUUUUCUUGUAAAAGCUAUAAUCACCGUUGAAAAGAAUGUGCCUGCCGAUGAAGUACCAUUUAUGAAUCAUUAUUAUUCCAAGUUAAUACUAUUCAAUGACUUAAUACCUACGAAAAAAGAACUUGCCUGGAGGCUAAAUCUUCUCGGGGUCAAAUACAAGGAAGAUGAAGAAGUUGAGGUUAAAGACUCGGUGGUGGAUGUUUUCUCAAAACAAUCAGAACCGGUCUUUAUUCAAACGCCCACUUACCUUGAGACAACAUUGAUCGAAGAAGUGGAUGAUGAAUUUGUUGAAGACGUACCAUCAUUUAUAUCACCAAGUAAUCUUUUAGAACUUAUGAAAGAAGAAGAAGUAAAACCCAGUCCUAAUGAAAACAGAAUGGAAAAUUAUGACGAUAAUCCUGAUGAUCCCGAUGAGGUUGAGGAUGAUAGAGAUCCUGACUAUGAAUGUAGUAACGACGAAGACGAUGAUGAUGAUUAUCAAGAUGAUGACGAUGAUGAGGAUUUUAUCCCACCGGGGGGUAAAAAGAGUAAAAGACCGACCAAAUUAUAUACUCCUCCAAAGAACGCAGUAUGGAAACCUUCGAUUAAAACUGAAACUAAAGUGAUUAAACAGGAACCCAAUAGCUCAAGUAGUAAAGUUGUGGUUAAAAUGGAACAAGUCGUUGAAAAUAAAUCGCAAAUCAAUGGAUCUACUAAAGAAGAGCCAUCAAGUAAAAAUGAACAGAUAGAAGAGAAGAUAGAUUCACAAGUUAAAAAUAUUAUUACUAAGAUAGAUUCCGUAGUUCGCAAAAUGGGAAAGUCACCAACGUUAAGCCAUUAUUGCGAUCAAGUAAAACGAUUGUCACAAGCAAGUAUUAGUAAAUCGAUGCUUAAACGUUACCUCACGGAACUUAAUGUUAUAUUUGUGGACGAUGAGGAACCAGAAAGUGAGAUAUAUUUUGUUACUGCAGACGGUAACACAUCAGUUACAGACUUACUGAUACUAUCUGAAGUAAGAAAUAUAGAAAAUCGACUUAAAUACAUCGGAAAAAUUCCCGAGCUGAAAUAUUUUUGUGAGGAACUAAAUAAACAAUUUCAAGGUAAAACAGACGCGAGUUUCACCGAAGAAGCGGUACUGGCUUGGCUUAAUGAAUUAAACAUUCAAUGUCAGGAAAACUUGAGCAAAUAUCCUAGUCUGAGCUAUUUUCAGGGGGAACUAGAAUCGAAAGGAUACCCAUGUCCAGAGGCCAAUAUUGCAUAUAUGUUAAAACAGAAGAAAAUAAAAUUCAAGGAAAUAGGUGAUCUAGAACUACCAACGAAAUUCGUACAUAACAAAGACCGAAUCGAGAGAGCUUUGUACGAGAUUAACUCCCACUUUUAUAGAACCAUGGUACAGUAUAACGAGGAUCUUAAAUAUAUGGAGUUGAGACACGUAAAUCCAAAGAAGGAUGUUACUAAAGCGAUCGCCGCUAGUGAAUAUUACUUCUACAGCGUAAAACAAGUCGCUAGUGACAGUGAUUAUUAUAAACGACUCGUCAGCAAAUUUGGUGACUCUCUUUGUACUAUAAAUGUUAUGACUCAGUGGUUGAAUCAACUCGGCAUAGGACAAAGAAACCAACGAUGCUUUAAAGACAUUCCAAAUCUGGACUAUUUUUGCGAAAAAUUAUUCAAGAAGAAUUCCGUUAGAUAUAGCAAACACAUCGUCCGAAAAUGGUUAAUAGAAUCAGCAAUCGUUUUUGAAUACGAAGACCUUGAUCCAUUAGAAAAUCAAGAUAAUGAUCAAGCCAAUUUCGCAGGUUUGACGGAUUAUUUAAAAAAGCUGAACGCGGAUUACUACAAAAUAGAUGGUGAAAUUAUACAGAUUAUCAGAAAUAUCGAAAGAGGAGAUGGUAGGGUUAAGUUAACACCUCCUUUCAGUAAACUUUAUGAAGCAUUGUGUAAAGCAAGAAGCGAUUUGAGCGUAGACACUGUAGAGGUUUGGUUAAAGCGUUUGAUGGUGAAAUAUGUACCAGAUCAUCCAAAUCUGACAACAUUAAAUAAAACGCUUCAUUAUCCGUGUCUCAUCCCCCCUCUAGACUACUUUUAUGAAAAACUAGUCGAGAGAUUGGGUACUGCAUUCCCAAAAAAGACUCUUGCAAAAUGGUUGGAUCAUUUAACUAUAUUAUAUUAUCCAAGCGACUUAAAUGAUGAUCCAAACGUGCAAGAUAUUGCUUUAAAUGCUGACAUAGUUAGAAUACUACUAGAACUAGAAAGCGAACAUGAAUCAUUCUCAGACGUAUCUAUCGGCGAUAUUUUAAGAUCAGUUCAGAUCAACUUUGCAGAAUAUAAGAAAGUUCCAACUCUGGAUUACAUUUAUAAACAUGUGCAAUCUUCUAAAAUAUUUUGUACGAAAAAAUCACAGUUUUCAGAUUGCAAAGAUAUAUUAAAAAAUUGGUUAAAAAUACUACGUAUUGUUUACACGGAUCUAGACGAUAGAACCAAGACUCUUUCAAGUCUGGCAACUCCUUCGACUACAGUUAAUAAUGCGGCUAUAGUCAAAACUCCUUCAACUAUAGUAAAUACUUCGCCUAUAGUCAAAAUUCCUUCGACCGUAAUCAAUCCUUCGACUAUAGUCCAAACUAUACCCAAUAAAGAAUCCACUAGUACUGUAAUUAUAAAGACUGAGCCAAAUCAAGUAAAUACAUCAAACAUUAUUUCACCAACAACUAAACUGAUAAAAUUAACGGAUUGUCCUAAAGUAAACAUUGAUCAGUCUAAAGAUAUUAAAAUAAUAAAAGUAGCCGAUUUACCUGUGGUACAAAUUGAAGACAAGGUUAACCAAACUGAAACUGUAUCAGUUAUUCAGCAUGAAAAGUUAGGCAAUCAAACAUUAAAUACUAACGGGACUAAUAGUCCAAUAUUAGACAGUUUACAACUAAUGCCAGCGAAGAAAGUAGAUAGUGCGCGUUCCAGUCCACAACUAAUACCAACGACGAAAGUGGACAGUCCCCGUUCUAGUCCACAAAUAUCAGUUGUAGAUAUACGAAGUCUAAGUCCAGCGGUGACUCCACCAACAGAUAAAGAAAUGCUAGAUAAACCGUCCAACGAAAAUGUUCUGUUGAAAAAGUCGAUUCAAAACAAGAAAACAGUGAAAACCAUGAUGAUAUUUCCGCGUGAAGUAAAGGUGUUAUUACGUGAAGGUUUUUUUAAAAACAUUGUAACCGAUUUUCAAUCUCGUCGUGAAGUUCCCACUCUAGAUCACUUUUAUACAAAAUUAAAAGAGAAAUGUUACUAUUUCAGCAAAGCGUACCUUCAAAAAUUAUUGGAAAAUUUAAAUAUAUCAUUUUCUGAUCCCGAAAAUGGAUCUGAAUCGAAAUCGAAUGAAACGGAAUCAAAUGGAUCACAAACACUACAACCAGCAGAUAAGAAUUCAGAUGAGAGCAAAAAAAAAUCUUCAGUUUUAAAUCGUAUAGAAAAAAAGAAAAUAAAUGAGAAAAGUCCUAAAGUAACUGCUAAAAAGACUACCACAACUAAACGAAAACCAGGUCGACCACCGAAAAAAGCUGCCCCCAGCUCGUCGGACACGGUAGAAAUAGUUUCUGUUAGUGUUCCCGUCAUCGAAAUUGAUGAUUCCGACGAUGAUGAAGACAGUGUUCCAAAAAAGAAGAGUAAAGUCGCAUCAGACGUUAUAGAAAUUAAAGAAGAUGAAGUCGUCGAAGUCACUGAACCUGCUGCAGAAGAAACUGGUACGAGUGAAGAUAGUGAUCAGAAAAAACUGGUGGAACUUUUUUCUGAAGUCCAAUAUGAAUUUUUCAAAAAUUCCGAUGUUCCCCGAUGUAUCGAUAUCUAUAAAAGAGUCAUUGAACACUUUGGCGAUAAAUACACUUUGCCAGAGGUGAAAGAUAUGUUGACGAAAUAUAGUAUUGAUGUCAAACAGUAACAUGUAAUUUUCCGAUGAAAACGUGAAGUAUGAGCCCCUAUUAUAUAAAGAGAAAACUAAUGUACAUACAUUUUUAUUUGUGAUUUUGUUAAUAGAAAUAAAAAAUUAAGUUUUUUAUGUAA